GGCAGAUGGCAGUAACGCAGAACGGACGGUUUACAGAAUACAUGAUUCUAGUUCCGUAGCUUGCAGCAUCGGUCUAAGCAACGAAAACAGCGACUUAUCUUCACAAUGGCUGAGGUGGAGGAGACGAUCAAAAGGAUUCAGAGUCAGAAAGGAGUACAAGGAAUUAUCAUUGUCAAUGCAGAAGGAAUCCCAAUCAAAAGCACUCUUGACAACUCAAGCACAGUUCAGUACGCCGGUAAUGUCCACCAGCUGCUCAUGAAAGCUCGGGAUGGUGAGGACAUCGACCCUCAAAAUGAUCUCACCUUUCUCAGAGUUCGAUCAAAGAAGAAUGAGAUCAUGAUUGCACCAGAUAAGGACUAUUUCCUGAUCGUCAUUCAAAAUCCCACAGAGUAGUCCUGAUUUCUUCACAUUUGUGUUGCUAUAGUAUUUUUCCUUUUUUAAAUUAAUUGCCAAAAGUGUUUCAUUUCAUGUUCUAGCAACGCUUACAUCGUAUUCCAAAUAUUCAGUUUCUGCUACUCUUGCUCAGCAUUCCGAUAUUUUGCUCUUUGUGUUGUACGUGACCGUUUUCUCAUGUUCUCAUAUUCUCCAGCUGCUCAUCUGUAAGCAUCGACAUGACACUAUGACAUACUGUGCUUGUUUAUUCUAAAAAGAACAAUAAAACAAAAAUGCAUUUCCUUUCA